AUGGUGCGCUAUUCUCUCGACCCCGAGAACCCAACUAAAUCAUGCAAGGCAAGGGGUUCAAACCUGCGGGUGCACUUCAAGAAUACCCGUGAGACGGCUCAAGCAAUAAAGGGCAUGCACAUACGCAAAGCCACCAAGUACCUGAAGGAUGUCACCCUUCAGAAGCAGUGCGUUCCCUUCCGUCGUUACAAUGGUGGCGUUGGUAGAUGUGCUCAGGCAAAGCAGUGGGGUUGGACCCAGGGUCGUUGGCCCAAAAAGAGCGCAGAUUUCCUGCUUCAUAUGCUGAAAAAUGCUGAGAGCAAUGCUGAACUCAAGGGUUUGGAUGUUGAUUCUCUGGUCAUUGAGCACAUUCAGGUGAACAAGGCACCAAAAAUGCGCAGGCGUACUUACCGAGCUCACGGACGUAUCAACCCCUACAUGAGUUCUCCCUGCCAUAUUGAGAUGAUUCUCACAGAAAAAGAGCAGAUUGUUCCCAAACCAGAAGAGGAAGUUGCAAUAAAGAAAAAAAUAUCGCAGAAGAAACUGAAAAAGCAAAAACUCAUG